UUUUUUUUUUAAAUGAAUCAAAACUAUUUUGCCCACAUUUGUCCAGAAUAUGGUUUUAGGGUUAAAGUGGUUUUAUUCUUACAAAAAAUUGCUGAUUAAAUUUCAGUUGAAUAUAUGGAUGUCUAGCAAAGCUGACAAUUAUCAUCUAAGUAUAGUGACUGUUUCUCAGUGUAAUUUCUCUCAAAUUCAUCAUUAGGACUGCGGAUUGUAUUUUUUUCCCGAAGCUAUUUUUGAAUUGUCUGUUAUAAAUAACCUCUUAAAGGGUAAAAUGUUUCUUAAUAUAUAAGGAAAUGUGUAUAAUUUAGAUCCUUAGAUCUCUUUCAUGUUUUAUCUAAUCACACUUAAAAUUAUUUCCUGCCGUAUCUCACUGACAGGUCAUUGAUCUUGCAUUACAUCACUACAUUAAAUACAUUACAAACAGUCUUUUAGGAAAUGUUUUUUCUUUGUCGAGUCCUCAUACUUCGACUUAAAUUACAAAUUGUGGCAGGUAAAAUAUAAUCUUAACUUUGAACUAUUUUAAUGUACGAGCCUCUUCACAGGAUAGGCUAGCAUUCACUUUCCAAACGCAGCCAAUCAGCUGGGUGAACGUUACGGUGCGUAAUUAAUAUGUAUGAGCCAAGCAUGUGGGCGUUACCAAAAGGAUACAGGUGAUUGAUAGGGGAUCGCUGUUAUCCAUACAGCUGGCAGCUAAUGAAAGAAGUUGGAGACAAACAUUUGGAUUUUCUCGGAGUUUCUUCUCCCUCAAUGGGUAACAGUAUAAGUGAAACAUAUGGAUAAAAUUACAUUAUUAGACAUUGUCCACCGAUGGAGCCCAGAGUUUGUUAAAGGUUGUCUUUCGACAUAUGAAGAACAUAUUUGCAUCUCGGCUGCUCUUUACGUCUUGUCUGCUUUUAUAUUACUGGUUUCCUGUUCACUUCUUCUCUAUCACAGAUGUAAAUCGCGAAGCAGGAUUGUGGGCGAUGAAGCAUUCUUCGCCUUGUAUUGUUUCGUGGGCAAUUUGUGCAGCGCAGUGGGCGCUUUCCUUUCAAAACAGUUUGAUUUUCAGAUUUCUAUGGCUUCAUUUAUGGCAAUUUUGGAUGUUGUUCAUUUCCUGUCAAUAUCUUUCUCCAUUUAUUUAUGGUAUAAGUCAAAAAUAGGAAAGAAAAUGAGAAUGAUUUCCAGGAGGCGGCGGCAGAAUUUUCUAGCUGUGUGUCUGCUGUUUGUAAUGGGCGGCAGUGUUUACCUGGGUUUACCAGUCCAUUCGAGUGCAAAGUCUCCAACUCCAUCCAUGAGGAGACUACUUGGCUUCUUCCUCAAUGACCAUACUGAACACCUUGGUUACGUACUGGGUCUUCUGUCCUUCGCAAUUAACUGGACCGCCAAGUUUCCCUUCAUCCUGAAAGCUAAUAGAGGAGAGCAGGGUUCUGCUGUGCAAGUGUCCUCUAGAGUUCUGUCUUCUGUUGCUGGAGCUCUGUACGGCUCUGCCAUUCUUCUCUAUGACACAGAGCUAAGAUCAGUUAUCAGAGCAAUGCCAUGGAUACUUUCUGCUAUCAGCUGUGCGCUGCUGGAUCUUUCUAUCGUGGUCACCAUCUGUUUUAGAUCCUGCCAUAAGCGGCGUUCUGUCCGGUCUUUAGACUCUGAUACUGAGUCUUUACUAGGUGACUCUUCUGUCAAAGGUCAGCUGUACAACAACAAUGUUGAAUGUUGCAGGAAGAAGCCUCUGAGCAAGAGGCUUUCGGCAAGAGGCAUCUCUCCUAAAGGGACUGACAUGGGACUCUACAUGGAUGUCAACAUACAGCCAAUGAGGAAGGUUUGUUUAAAGGAGGUGACCAUCUCACGGGAUGGCUCAUCAGAGAGUCUUCCUCUGAAGAGGACCGUCAGGGUGGUGCGGGUUGAUGAACCGUGUUCAUCUGGUACCUCGAGUGAUACAUCCUCUCUCGGCUCUGAACUAGAGUGGGACUUUGAAGAACCAAAAACGCAGUGGAUCCCGGUAGAGGAAGCUCCUGAAGAUCUUCAGAAAUCAGAGGCGUUCCCUCUCCAGGAGUGGCCAGUGCGUUCCAUUUCGGAGUCCAGCGGCAGACCUGGCUCUCGUAUUUGCAUCUGCAGCCGCGCACAGCUAAUGGAGAAGUUGGCAUCCAAAUAAUUUUAAAACUGAACCCUGUGCCACUAGGUUAGUUGAAUGAUCAUGCUUUAAUUAUAUAACAUGAUUUGAGUUUAAUAAAGCGGUGUUAAACUGGA